UGAUAUGACAAGGAGAGAGAAGAAUGUGGUUUCAUGAAAUGUGAGAAGAGUUUCAUCACAUCUGGAGACCCGCUGCUAUUUAAAUGCGCUGCCAGCAAGCCACAGAUCAUAGCCGGCCAUACCAUCCCAGCCAUGAGGACCAAUCUCCUUCUCGUCGCUGCUGUCGUCGUCUGCGCCGUUGCCGCCACACCCACCACGGCAACCAAAGUUGGUGUAUGGGAACCCAUUACCGACAUCAACGACCCUUUCGUCCAGGAGCUCGGUGGGUGGGCGGUGGCGGAGCACGUCAAGGAAGCCAACGACGGGCUCAAGUUAAGCAAGGUUGUGAGCGGCGAUCAAAAGGUUGGGUCUGGAAUGAACUACCGGCUCGUCAUCCACGCGUUGGGCCGGGAUGGUAAGGGCGCCAGCUACAAGGCUCUUGUGUACGACCAGGAGUGGAGCAAUACACGCAGGCUCCUCUCCUUCGCCCCUGCCAACUGAUCGAUCGAUCAGCGAGGACAGACGACAGGAAUAUUUGAUUUUAAGUUCGUCUUGGAUCGCCUCCUUCCGAUUGUAAUAAUUAAGAAGCAGAGUCACCAAUCUUUCAUCUGGCCUUUGCUCUAAAAA